AUGGACGCGGAAAUAAGGAUAGAUAGCGAACGUCAAAACUUUGUUUCUAAUUAUCGUGGUUUUUCAUAUGUUGGCGAAAAAUUAGAGAGUUACACAAAAGAAGGACUAGAAAAAACGUAUCAAGAUAUUUACAAGAAAUUAGCGGGUUAUCCUCCAUGCACACAAAACUGCAGCACAAGUUUUAAAUGUCAGUACGGCAAGUGGUGCCGAACAUGCAGUUGCUGGCGAAAUGAACUACUUAAAACUAGGAAAUCACCAAAUGUACGUUGGGAACUCACACAUUCGUGGGAAUGGCCUCGCUCUUAUACAAAUAUAAUUGAAGUUUAUAUUCCAGCUAACUGGCCAAAUGGUGACAUAGACAUAAAGGACGUGUCAACUGCAUGUUUCAUCUGGGAAAACUGUUCUGAACAGUUUAAGAUAAAACCGUUCAUAAUUAAGAACAUCCGACAGUUCAGGAAUAAGUAUUUUGGCCACAACAUGUCCAUGAAAGCAACUGAUUUAGAGAAAACAAAAGUGUUUGAUGUUUUAAAGGAUCUGUUUAAAGAACCAGAUGUGCAAGGCCAUAUUGAUGCUCAGGACUGCAUUAACCAUCUUUUAAAUAUUGAGCAGGGAAAACAGAUUGAAAAAUGGAUGAUUGCAGUUCAAAAUUUACUUGAGCAUCAUAGGUUUAAACUUGGUGAUAUUGCAACAAAUACAGAACAGCAUCAUCACAUUCUAGAAGACAUUCAGACCAGCCAGAACGUCUCAGUUGAAGGGCAAGAAGAUUUACGAAGAGAAGUUAAAAACAUUCGGACAGAUUUUACAAUAUUCAGGAGCGACUUUAACACGAUAUUUAAAAGAAAUGAUUCAAUUUUUUCCAAUAUGGCGAAAGGAUUAGACAUUAUAGUUUCACUACUAUUAGUCAUUUUUGUCAUGUCAGGUAUAUUUGUCUUCAAAUAUUUUGAGUACGAAACAGAAAUGGACAAAUAUCAUGAUCGAGCAUGCAUGUCAGAACAGUACAGUGUACCGUUUUCUCAAGAUCUUCCACUCCUGGGUUAUUUGAAUGAGCACAAGGCACUUGUCGGUCGUCAAUGGUUAAUGGAAAGUUUGCACCACGAUCUGUUCAAUUCUAACAACAGUAAAAACCAUGGUAUUGUACUUGUUGCCGAAAUGGGUUACGGUAAAUCUGCAUUUGUUUCAAAACUAUUAUGUCCGGGGUCGAUGAAUAUAGCCAAAGAUAUUAAUAAACACAUUGUUGCAUUUCAUGUGUGCAAAUUUGAUGUACAAAGUACUCAUUUGCUAGAACGAUUUAUACGCAGACUUGUUGGAUUUUUCGCAAAGAAAAGUGCGGAAUAUGGUAACAUAGUAUCAAUGUUUCCCGAGAGUCACAUUUUGUUUAACAGAGAUAGUUGUAACAAAGAACCAGAAGCUUGCUUUGACCAAGGCGUCACUAUACCACUGAAACAGUUAUCUAGUGUCACAGAUACACCAUGGGUUAUAGUUGUAGAUGCCAUUGAUGAGUGUGGGCGGUCUGGAAAUAAUCCAGUUUUAAACCUUUUGUCAGACAGAAUUAGACAGCUUCCAAAAUGGCUCAAGUUUCUUAUUUCUUCCAGAGAUGUCCCACAACUAACAAUGCUAAGAAAAAUGAAGCUUAAUUAUCUGUACUCAAAUGACUCAAGAAAUAAAGAGGACUUAAAGACUUUUAUUGAAAAAUCAUUUCCAAAACAUACUCACAGAGCCAUGAUAAGCAAUCUUGUUUAUAAAAAUGAAGGAAAUUUUGUAUAUAUCAUCCAGGCAUUAAAAUGGAUUAUCGAUAACAAUGACAAUGAAACCGUCCCAGACUUUCCUGCAGAUCUAGGCGAGAUUUUUGAUAUCAAUUUUGGUAGACAGUUUGGUUAUACAUCUUAUAUGAUCCCAAAAUUAAUAUUGGAGAUCAUUUGUUCCACGACGAAUCCACUUUCAAAAUCAGAAACUUUUGCCAUUCUAAAAUCUUCAAACAUUUCAUUGACAAUAGACGAGUUUGACCUGUAUUUUAAGUCCUUAAGCUUCUUCCUAAGAGAGGGUGAAGAUGUUGGCAUAUCUCACAACGCUUUAUAUUUUUGGCUUAUUGAUAAAAACAAUGAAAAUUAUCGAAUUUCACUUCAGAAUGGCCAUACUCUUAUAUCUAAAUAUUUGUUUAGUAAAAUGUCUGACAAUAAUACGAAGAAUAUUGUUGAUUUAGCGAUUCAUGUUGCAAACUCUGCCGAUAUGUCUUUAAGAAAACUGUUUCUCUCAUCAAAGUUUUUGAUAAGUAACGAGGUACUUAACGACUCUAUUUUACAUAAAUUGAUUUGGAGAACGCCAUGUGUUGAGGCACUAGAGCUAUUGAUACAUCAUUUCCCUGAUGUGAAUGCUUUUAACGAAGGUAAUGUCACACCGUCAUUUGUUGCAGCAGCUAAAGGACAUACUGACCAGUUAAAACUUUUAUUUAGCAAAGGGGCAAAUUUAAACUUUAUUGUUAAAGGUCAAAUGUUGAUAAAUUCUUAUGAUGUAUUUAAUAAGUUAGAAAUGAUGAAAUUGUAUUUUUAUUCUGGGUACAGUCUAUUGCACAUUGCAUCACAGCACGGCUAUACAUCAACUGCAAUAUAUAUUUUGGCACAGAACCAAUCUUUGGUUUAUGUAAGAAAUACUUUGGGUUUGAAUGCCGGUCAUGUUGCAUGCGAGAAUGGACAUUUAAAUGUGGUCAAAGAAAUGAGAACCCUUCAUACUAAAGUAUUCUUUUAUGAAUGUAUGUAUUAUGCGUCUAAAAAAAAUCAUAAACAUAUUGCAGAAUGGCUUGUGUCAAUUGGAUUUACGUUUGAAUGCAUUUCCAACCAACGUUCCUUUGAAGCUUUUCAAAACAUAACAAAGUUAGAUCAUUUUCAUUUGAUUGAGCAUAAUAUUGCUACUUUUCCAAUUGAUUCUUUAACAUUACACUUUAUUGUGCCAUUAGAUAUUUGGUGGAUUGUUUUAAAACAUAACCCACUUAUGAUAGCAAUCAAAACUGGUUCAAUGGAUGUAGCUAAAUACUUACUCAAUACGUUUUAUGAAGCACGCAAGUGUUAUGACGCAUUUGGGUAUACUGCGGCGCUUGCAAGUGUACGCUUUAACCGUACCGAGCUUUACCCUUUAUUAAACGACGAAAUAGCUUCCGACAGAUGUGGAAAAACUCCAAACCAUUUAAAUGAUGUAGAGGUUAUACAGACGUACUUAUUCGAAGGAUGUCCAGAAGGUGGGUCACUAUCACAUGUUGUCGCUUUAUAUACUCAAAGUGACCAAAUUUAUGUUCAUGUUAUUAGAAAUAAACUCGAUGUGAACUGGGACCAUCCCGAUAACUUUGGAAAUUACCCGAUUCAUUAUGCUGUUGCCAAUCGAAAUUUUCUUUUUAUGUUUUUGAUUGAGGAGGGCACAUUAUUAUCAAAAGGUAACGCACAUAUUUCAUUGAUAGAUACGGUAGUGUCAAAUGGCUCAACUGCAUAUCACACAUCCGCUAUUUCUGGCCAAUUCAUAAGCAUGCUAUAUCUAACAGAUUCUUUCAAGAAGCCAGUUCCAGACAUUAAAGACAACAACGGUCGUGGGAUACUACAUUAUUUAGUGUUAAAAAAGUUUGAUAGUGUUGUGAGCAGACCAGACAUGGAAAUGCAUGCGCAAUCAUUACAUACUCUUCGCUAUUUGCUGGAAAUAUCAAACCAUUCUCUUUUGACGCGUGACAGUUUUGGUAGAAACAUAUUACACUACAGUUUUAGAAACGGUCAUUGCCAAGUAGUUUCAUACCUGCUUGAAAAUCAGGAGACGCACUUUUACACUAUGUUAACAGAUAUAGAUCACGAAGGAAAUAAUCCAUUUGACUUUGCUUUGAAGAAGUACGAAAGAAAGAAUUACGUAAUGAUGGUACCAAAAGAUGAUUUGUUUUCUGACAUAUACUUCAGUUCCGCAAAUAUCGAAUCGAAAGACUUCCUGGACAUUAUGUCAUCAUGGGAGCUUACAAUGCAAUACUUGAUAUCAAAUUUAUCUGCUCAAGAAUACCACCUCUUCGUUGAGCCAAAUUUGAAUUUUAUAAUCGAGAAAAGUCCUUAUCUUCUAACUACUGUAUUGGCAUAUCAUAAAUAUGUAAAUGUGAAAAGUUUGCAACGUUUAAUUGUUGAAAGUGAGGUCAAUGCUCUGACAGGUUAUAUGCAUUUUGUCAUUGCCCGCCAUAAACCAUUAGCAUUCAUUUCAUGUAACCAACCAUUAUCAUUAUCACCUUUGCAUUAUGUUUUACUUACGCAUGAUCAUAGAGUUUCUGUGUUUAAAGAUUUGCAUGAUUUCCUACACAUGAUUUUCAAACAAAAUAAAUCGUAUGCGUUUGAAUGUCCCGAUGAAAAUGGAUUUAACAUAUUUCACUAUUCUUUAAUCGGCGGAAAUGUUCAGUCAGCCAGAAUUCUAAUGGGAGCAAAUAUUUCCAUAACAAAUGAAUACGUAACUUUAAAAGACGUUUUCUUGAUGACUAUGCAAGCUCGUUUAAAAAGAGACGAACGUGAUUAUAUUGAAUACAAUGACAAACCGUCCGAUCAAAUACAGCAAAAAUGCAUAGAUAAGUUUCUAUUAAAUUUUUUCUAUUCGAAAUGGAAAUUGUUUAAUCAUAAUUUCUUCUGUGGGAAUAAAACCAAGGAAUUAUCUCUGGUGCAUUUGUUUGCAAUUAAUGGAAUGUCUCUAACGAUGGCAGCUGUUGCACAAAUGUUUGGGAAGGAAAUUUUGAAUUGUCAAAGUAGAGACCGAUUUACCCCCUUGUACUUUGCAAAACUAUUUCAACAUGACGACAUUGUGUCUUUAGUUGGUAAGCAGUACGGUUUUACACGUCCAACUGUCCAGGCAGAAGAAUGGUUAAUCUGGUCUAUGUUAAAUAAGUUCCCACAAACAAAUAUUUCUGAACCAUUAUUUCAUUUUUUAAAUUAUUUGCCCAUUUCUCCACAUUCUUCAAGACUCUUAUUGAAAGAGUCAACUUUGGUUUCUAAUAAUUUUGAAAAUUCAUUUCUAAACGGUGCCGGAGAUUUUUCUCACAAUUGUGAUAAGGUAUUAGUUAAGCUUUUAUCAUCCGAUGUACCUGAUAUUUUAUCUAAUAUAUAUCUUUUGGAAUCAUUAUAUUUUAACGAGGGAUCGGUUUCUUGUACUUCACGAGAAGCUUCACUUAUACAGAACAACAAAAUGUUUCAAACGACCAUAACACUUCUAUCCUCUUUGAAAUAUAUAGAAAACGGAUGUGAUGUUUCUAAAAAGCUUGUUAGACCAUUUCUUGUCAAAUGCUUUCACUUGAACAAGUUAUUAACAGAGAUGAAAAUUAUGACAGUAAAUGAUUGUAUCAACAAAUCGAGUUUCAGUUUGAAAGGAGUUAUAAACUAUCAAUUGAUAAUUUCAACAAGGAAGUUAUGCUUAAAACUACAUCGAUUUUAUAAAAGUGUAGCUAUUUCUUUUUUGAUACAGUAUGGAAAAACAUUUAAAAUUCGACUACCAGAAUCAUACAAAUUCAUGCUAUUAAGAAUGACAGAGCUUGAAUUCAAUGUUGAAGAAAAAUUUAGUGUGUUAUUAAAACUUCAUCCACUUGUUGCUAUAAAUGACACUUCUUUAUAUAGGCAUAGAUAUCUAAACAUUGUAAAGUCAACAAUCGCUUAUAAACAUUUAAAACCUCGUCUUGUUGUAGACAAAUUUAGUAUGAAAAGUUUGUUUGACAAGUGUAAGAUUGAAGUUGAUGUUAUUAAAAGUGUCCUAUUGAAACCUUUUAAAGAUUUAGACUAGUUAUAUCAAUUGUAAGGAUCUGACAUUCUAGCAUUAUUCUGAAAUGUACUUACAACAGAACUUAUAAUGAAAUCCAAGUGGCAUUGUGAAAUCCUAUAGCUUCAUCUAUUGUUGACUUCUACAAGAUAAAGAUUCACUUACCUGAUUGAUCUGAAGGAACACUGUAUUGACACUUAUUGACUUUGCAAUUUAGCUGAUAGAAAUGUUAAACUUACCUUAUUGUAUAGCAGAAAACUGAUUUUCUCUUUAUAUUUUCUGUGUAGCAGACGUCCAAUGCCAGACAUCUUUGAAAUCUGUCACUUCAUACUUUAUAUUGAAGAUUUCUUAUUGUUAAUAUCAAUUUCAGUCAAAUUCAAUUCACGAACGUAAUUUAUGUAAAGUUUAUGAUUGAUUAAGGUCAGAAAUCCUUACGUAUUCACUACAUGUUUUUGUAUAUUAACGAUUUUCGUAUCUAAAUCUUAUAUGAGUUUUCAAUAUAGCCGCCAUUGAAAUCCAAGAUUUCAGAUUCAGAAAUCCGGCCGUCUGUCCAUUGGAGGAUUUCCGGAUUUCUGUUGUUUCAUUGGUGGAUUUCAAACAUCGAACCUUAUAAAAGUCGGAAUCCAACCAAUGUCACUUCGGUCUUGACCUCCAAGUAAUGUAAAUAAAGUUUUAAAACCGCCAAAGUUCAAAUUCAGUAAACAUCUUACAAACGUUAUUGUUAUCCAAACUUGUAAGUUGGUAUGUACUUAAAUCCAAUAUUAUUAACUCACUAGACACUGUUGUUGCCGAAAUACUUGUUAUAAACUUAGAAAACUGUAUAAGAAUUGUAUUUAUUUUCCCCAUUCUGACAUACGUUUACACAAUAUAUGAUAAUAUGUAAUAACUAGUUAAAACAUGGCAAAAUUUAUUGACUUUUAGGUCGUUAAAAUAAACAGUGAUUAUUUUCUUACUUAAUCUUUAUAGUUGUUCUUCAAAAUUAUUAUUUUUAGAAAAUCGAUGUUCUGUGCACGAAAUAAGUGAUAGUGUUGUUAAUUUGUAAAUAUUUACUUUAUGAUAUUUUAUCAGAGUUGUUGUAUACAUGUAGUUGUAGCAUAGCCGUUUUCUACUUUUCAGGAUUUUUUUUUUCAAAUUUAAUUGUUCACUUCAUGUCAUUUUAUCUUGAUCGAUGCAUUUGUAGUGAUGUACAUACACUAUUUGAAAUUAUUAAAAUAUGAUAAACAAGAUCAACAAGGAAAGUGCCGCGUUCAGUAAAUUAAGCCUCUUAUUUACAUGUUUUAUUUUUAUAAUAUAAUGAUCAUGAACCGCAAUGAUUGAUUCGUUGGUUGAUUGAUUGAUUGAUUGAUUGAUUGAUUGAAUUUAAAUUUAAGCUCUUUAGUAUUUCGGAUCAUAGCUGUUUUUAUAAGAAACAAUUGUAUAAUAUGAAAUGUAUUUAUAGAAAACAAAAACUGCAACACCUACAUUAUCUCAAUAUUACAUUGUAUUUUGUAUUACCUUAUUUUAUAAUUGAAUUUAUUGCUUUUUUAUGU